AUGAAGUCUGGGGAGUCAUCACAUCCAAAGGAUUUACUUGGAGUAAAAGAUCACUGACUUCUACAAUGGAAAAGUCAUGGAUGCUUUGGACCUUUGUUAAAAGAUGGCUGCUAGCUUUGGCUUCCUGGUCUUGGAGUCUCUGCCGUAUUUGUCUUUUGCCCUUGAUAGUAACUUUUCACUUGUACGGAGGCAUUACACUACUUAUAUUAAUAUUUGUAUCAAUAGCGGGUAUAUUAUAUAAAUUCCAGGAUGUGCUGCUUUACUUUCCCGAACAGCCCUCUUCAUCACGCCUUUAUGUUCCUAUGCCUACUGGAAUACCACAUGAAAAUAUCUUCAUCAAAACCAAAGAUGGAGUUCUUCUCAAUCUUAUUCUGCUGAGAUACACAGGGGACAAUGCAGCGUAUUCUCCCACCAUCAUUUACUUUCACGGGAACGCAGGCAACAUCGGCCACAGGUUGCCAAAUGCUUUGUUAAUGCUGGUAAACCUGAAAGUAAACUUAAUUCUUGUCGAUUAUAGAGGGUAUGGAAAAAGUGAAGGAGAAGCAAGCGAAGAAGGUUUGUACUUAGAUUCUGAGGCUGUGUUAGACUAUGUGAUGACUCGGUCUGAUCUUGAUAAAACAAAAAUUUUUCUUUUUGGCCGUUCCUUGGGGGGAGCAGUAGCUAUUCACUUAGCUUCUGAAAAUUCCCAUAGGAUUUCUGCCAUCGUGGUGGAGAACACCUUUCUUAGCAUCCCGUACAUGGCCAGCACUUUGUUUUCUUUCUUUCCGAUGAGGUAUCUUCCUUUAUGGUGCUACAAAAAUAAAUUUCUGUCCUACAGAAAAAUCUCUCAGUGCAGGAUGCCUUCUCUCUUCAUCUCUGGGUUGUCUGACCAGUUAAUUCCACCGGUUAUGAUGAAGCAACUUUAUGAAUUAUCCCCAGCUCGGACUAAGAGAUUGGCGAUAUUUCCUGAUGGAACUCAUAAUGACACUUGGCAGUGCCAGGGUUAUUUCACUGCACUUGAACAGUUCAUCAAAGAAGUAAUAAAGAGUCACUCCCCUGAAGAAAUGGCGAAAACAUCAUCUAACGUAACAAUAAUAUAACUGAUAUUCUUCUUUGGGGUGAGGUGGGGGGAGUACCUGCACUGUACCUUGAUUUGUGAAAAGUGGUAAAAGAAUGUCCAUUUUUAAAUGUAUGUCAUGUCUGUACUUGCCUAAAGAGUGAAAUUAAACUUGGAAAGGUCUGAUGCUUUAUUAAGAUGUUCCAGAUGACUUUUACAUUUGCAACAUUGUAAAUGAACCAUUUUCUGUCUUUCUCAUACUUUUUUGGUAUCUCUGUCCAUAUAUUCCAUUUGUUUGAUAUGUACAACGGACGCU